AUGCAACGAACCGCCCUUAUCACAGGCGCCACGGGUCUUCUCGGGCGCCAGGUCCUCAAUGCCUUCGAGCGGGACAGCACAAAUUGGAAUGUGUUUGGGCAAGGCUUCUCCAGAGCGGGGACGCGGACGGACAUGGAUUCGGAAAUCGUCAAGGCAGACCUGUUGGAUGAAGGUGUGAUGAUAACCGGACUGAAACCCAAUGUUGUUGUGCAUUGCGCCGCCAACCGUUUCCCCGACAAAUGCGACCAAAACCCAGAUGCAGCACGUAAAAUAAACGUCGCUGCCACCAGAUCCCUAGCACGGGCCACCUCGUCCAGAUCCAUCCUGCUCAUCUACAUCUCGACAGAUUAUGUAUUCCCCGGGCGCCCGGGUGAAGCUCCCUAUGAAGCCUCCGCCAAAACAGAGCCACCAAAUAUCUACGGCGAGACGAAGCGGGACGGCGAGGUCGCCGUGCUAGAGGAGACACGUGGGUGCGGGCUGGGGGUGGUUUUACGCGUCCCGGUCCUCUACGGGCCCGCGCGGCAGAACAGCGAGAGUGCCAUCAACACGCUUGUGGACGCGGUGUGGAAGGCGCAGGAUGCAAACGCCGGGGUUCAGAUGGACGAUUGGGCGAUUAGAUAUCCGACACACACGGCGGAUGUGGGGCGGGUUUGCCGCGACAUCGCUGCCAGAUACCUGUCUCUUUUUGUGGGAGCGGCAGCGGAUCGCGAAGACGACGGUGGCUUCUCCUUCAAGAGUCUGCCGAGGAUUCUACAGUUUUCAUCCGAGGAUGCCAUGACCAAGUAUCAAAUUUGUCAGACACUGGCGGAGAUCUUGGGGCUGCCGUUGCCUGGCAUGAUGCCUGUGAAGAAUGGGCCGAAGCCGGGUGAGGUGCAGAGGCCGUACGAUACGCACUUGUCGACGGAAGAGUUGCGACGAAUUGGGAUUGACGUUCAGACGCAGUCGUUUGUUGCAUGGUGGCGGAAAGAACUGCAUGCAUUCCGCCACUAG